UUCCUCGAAUGUUGAUCAAAUCAGAUCAAUGAUCAGUUGUCUGGACUGUUGGAAGCUCAGUCGGACAAUUGUCUUCUGCAGCGCGACCUAUCGGCUCCAGACAGGAACAUGCUCCGUGUGAGAGGGGCCGUGACCCGGUCAUGGAGGGGGUUUAAGACGUUCUUCUGUGCAGCAGUGGAGGUGAACAACGAACCCAUCCUGAGUUUUACAGAGGGAAGUCCAGAGCGAGCGGAGCUCCAGAAGGUUCUGGAGAGUCUGAAGGGACAGACUGAGCAAAUCCCGUGUGUGGUGGGAGAUGAACACGUGUGGACCAAAGACAUCAGAUAUCAGCUGUCUCCCUUCAAUCAUUCUCACAAGGUGGCAAAGUUCUGCUAUGCUGACAAGGACCUCAUCAAUAAGGCCAUCCAGGCUUCAGUGGCAGCCAGGAAAGAGUGGGACCUGAAGCCCGUCCAGGACCGGGCCCAGGUCUUCUUCAAGGCUGCUGAUGUCAUCAGUGGACCCAAACGAGCAGAGAUCUUGGCCAAGACCAUGAUUGGACAGGGUAAAACGGUGGUUCAGGCAGAGAUUGACGCCGCCGCAGAGCUCAUCGACUUCUGGAGAUUUAAUGCCAAACACGCCCUGGAGCUGGAGACACAGCAACCGAUCAGCACGAAGGAAAGCACCAACACCUCGCUGUACCGAGGGUUGGAGGGCUUCGUAGCGGCCGUGUCUCCGUUUAACUUCACUGCCAUCGGGGGGAACCUGGCAGGAACUCCGGCUCUCAUGGGUAACGUGGUUCUGUGGAAGCCCAGCGACACGGCCCUUUCUGCCAGCUACGUGGUCUACAGAGUUCUCCGUGAAUGCGGUCUGCCUCCCAACAUCAUCCAGUUCCUGCCGGCCGACGGUCCCGUGUUCGGGGACGCCGUCACCUCCUCUCCACACCUGGCGGGCAUCAACUUCACCGGCAGUGUGCCGACGUUCAAGCGUCUGUGGAAGCAGGUGGCCCAGAACCUGGACGUCUACAGGACGUUCCCUCGGUUGGCCGGAGAGUGCGGAGGGAAGAACUUUCACUUCGUGCACACGUCGGCAGACAUCCGGAGCGUGGUGAUGGGGACGAUCCGCUCCGCCUUUGAGUACGGAGGACAGAAGUGCUCGGCGUGCUCCAGGAUGUACGUCCCCGACUCCACCUGGCCUCAGAUCAGACAGCAGCUGCUGGACGUCCUCAGAGACAUCAGAGUGGGAGACCCCGUGGAGGACUUCAGCACCUUCUUCUCUGCCGUCAUAGAUGAUAAGUCCUUCGCUCGGAUCAAGAGGUGGUUGGACCACGCCAAGUCCUCCCCGAACCUCGCCGUCAUCGCCGGAGGACACUGCGACGAUCAGAAAGGUUACUUUGUGGAGCCGACCAUCAUCGAGACCAAAGACCCGCAGGACCCCAUCAUGAACGAGGAGAUCUUUGGGCCAGUUCUGGCUGUUUACGUUUAUCCUGAGAAGAGCUAUCAGGAGGUUCUGCAGCUGAUUGACAGAACGUCCCCGUAUGCGCUGACAGGAGCCGUGUACGCCCACGACACGAAGGUGAUUGACGAAGCCUCCAGGGUUCUGAGGAACGCGGCAGGGAACUACUACGUGAACGAUAAAUCCACCGGUUCCAUCGUGGCCCAGCAGCCGUUCGGAGGCGCCAGAGCUUCAGGCACAAACGACAAACCUGGUGGUCCUCACUACGUCCUCAGGUGGACGUCUCCUCAGGUGGUGAAGCAGACUCAGGCCCCCCUCACAGACUGGAAGUACCCCUACAUGUGCUGAGACCACAAGAACUGGACCUCCACUGGACCUCCUGUCCAUCACUCUGUCCUGCUUCCUCCUAACCUUCGUCCAUCAGACGAGCCUAUGAGACGUUUGGAAUGUCGCCGUCUCUUCUUCUGUCUGUCCAUCACUCUGUACAUCUUCCCUCUGUCCUCCAUAUUUUGUCUCCGUCCAUCAACGGGGGCUGGACUUCAGAAGAUAGAAACAAUCUUGUCUCUGUCUGUCCAUCUCGCCACUGAACUGGACCCGAGUGUCCAUCAGACAAAGCAGGAAGAUGUCCUCCGUCCUCAGCUCCAUGGUGACCGUCCAUCGCCUCCUGACAGGAAGUGACAGUCCACCACUUCCUGUCAGAUUAAAGCUAAAACAUGGAAUCAGUAGGUCAACAGUUGUCGACAGAAAAAGAUUAGAAACAGUAACUGAUGGUUUAAACAAGAUCAGAGGAACAGGUGGAUGGAGGAUGUUCUCUGGUUCUUGUUCUCUGUGUUCUCCUUGUUCUCACCUCAGCUACACUGUAAAUUCAGUUUUCAACAAUAAAGAUGAA